UGAUCACGAAACACAAGUUUGGGUAAGACUAUGGGAUAAUGUAAUUCCCGAAGAAGAUUGGGAAACUGUAGAAGACAAAUAUCUCUAUAUGUACAUGGAUAAAGAUCUUCCCAUAAGAUUUCGUGUCAUAGACGAAAAAUUUACAGAUGUUGGCUCAAAAGGUCCACCACCUAAAAGGACCGGUGCAGUAGCAGGACAAAAAGCUCCGAUACCUGCGCCCUCAUCUUUGCCCUCGGAUGUUAUGAUUAAUCCAAUUGCUAUCGAUGCCACUAAUGAGUCAGGUGCUGGUGGCGCGGGAUCGGGAUCGAAACAAGGCCUCUCUCAAUCUUCAACGAUGUUGGGUAGUAAGCCUACUACACCAUUUAUCAGCACAAAGCAAGCACCAUAUGAGCUGAUCGGAUCGAUUGCAGAACGUGGAUUGGCAAUUUUGGACUUCGUUCCUCCGCGUGGAUUCAACUUUGAAAUUUCAAAAAUUCAGACUUCCGUGUUCAAAUCUUCCUAUACCAUGAACACCUUACCGUUGCUCAAUGGUUCCAUUGAUGGGGAAUUAUUUGGCAUAAAAGGGCUAUACCAUCUGGUGAGGCAUAAUCCGGAAGAGGACAACUUAGAUACAGAAAAUAGUUCAAAAGAAAUUACGCAGGAAGUUAAAAUGCAUGAAAGUAACACCGUUAAAUUGGCAGCAGUUAAUGAGAAGAAUUUUAGCGAAGAAUUAACCGAAACAGGAGAAAACGAAGAAGUAGAGGCGUUGAAAGGAGAAUGGUCUGUGGGUGCUGAAGUUUUUUAUGGGGUACAAGAGAGAAGUGGUGGAG